UAAACAACAGUAGGAUUUUGAAGCUCUAGGUAAUAGGUAUUACACUUGCUAUAGUGUUCUUGGCUAUAGACACACGAAUAAUGUGUUCUUCGUUACUCAAAUCAAUCAAAAUUGCAUCUUUUUUACACCCAAGUUGCAAUUUUUAUUGCAUUUCAAGACCAAGAUUUUCAUCAUCUUCUCUGGCUACAAUCCAUGAUUCUCAACCCAGUUCAAUUUCAUCUUCACUGUACUCUUUUUUGCCACAUACCCAAAAUCCCAAAAAUAUUGUUGAUAUGAUAUGCUCAAGUUUCAGAAAAAAUGGGGAAAAACCCAACUUUUCAAUUCUUGAAAAGGACUCAAAAUGGUUGAUUUCUCAUUUGGGUAGUCAAGAAAUUUCAAGGGUGUUGCUGAGAUGCCAGUCUGAUUCUGAUACAGCUUUGUGUUUCUUCAAUUGGGUAAGAAAUGAUCUUUGUGUUAGUCCUAAUGUUCAUAAUUAUUGUGUGAUUGUUCAUAUUUUAGCUUGUUCUAAGAAUUUUAAGCAAGCAAUGGUAUUGUUGUUGGAGGUAGUAGAGUUGAGUAGAGGUGUUUCGGGUUGUUCGGGUGAUUCGGAUGUUUUUAAGGUGUUGGUUUUGUGCACUAAUGAGUGUAGUUGGGAACCAGGUGUGUUUGAAAUGCUUGUCAAGGCUUAUGUUAAGAAGGGUAUGGUUAGAGAAGGUUUUGUUGCUUUUGAGGAGAUGCUGAGGUUUGGACUUGUUCCGAGUGUUGUUACGGUUAAUUGCCUUAUGAAUGGGCUUGCGAAGUUGAAUUAUGUUGAUAGAUGUUGGUAUUUGUUUGAAGAGAUGAGGAGGAUUGGGAUUCAUGCGAAUUGUUUUACAUUUAAUAUAUUGACUCAUGUUUUGUGUAAAGGCGAGGAUGUUGAUAAGGUGAAUAAGUUCUUGGAUGAGAUGGAAGAAGAAGGAUUUAUUCCUGAUGUUGUGACUUAUAAUACACUGAUUGAUAGUUAUUGUAAGAAGCGAAGAUUAAAAGAUGCAAUCUAUUUAUUUAAUAUUAUGUAUCGGAGAGGUGUACUGCCGGAUUUGGUUACGCAUACUGCUUUGAUAAAUGGAUACUGCAGGGAUAUGAACAUGAGAGAGGCUCGUAAGCUCUUUAACUGUAUGAUUCAGGAAGGGCUUUGUCCGGAUGUUACGUGUUACAACACUCUUAUAUAUGGUUAUUGCAAAGAGGGAAUGAUGCAAGAGGCUAGGACUUUGUUGCGUGACAUGAUUGGCAAUGGGGUUCGACCUGAUAAUUUCAGCUGUUGGAUACUAGUCAAAGGUUAUGAAAAGCAGGACAGGGUGCUUUCGGCAUUGAAUUUGCUUGUGGAGCUUCAGAGAUUUAAUGUUUCAAUUCCUAGAGAUAUAUACAACUACCUUAUUGUUGCUCUGUGUAAAGAUAAUAGGGCAAUGGCUGCAAAGAAUCUUUUGGAGCGAAUGUCUAGAGAUGGCCAGGAGACAACCGAGAAAAUAUUUAAUGAGAUCAUUAUUUGUCUUUGUAAGCGUGAUUAUGUCGAGGAGGCAUUGACUAUAAAAGCUGAUAUGGUGUAUAAAGGUUUUAAACCCUCCUUAGUCACAUAUAGAGCUAUUAUUUGUUGCUUGUGUAGAUCAACAAGAAACGUAGAAGGUGAGUCCUUGAUGAGAGAGAUGAUUGAAUCUGGUUUCUUGCCUGAUGUGGAAAUUUUUAGAGCCUUAGUUAAAGGGUUUUGUGCUGAAAGAAAUGUUUAUAAAGCGGAAUUGUUGUUGAGCUUCUUUGCUGUAGAAUUUCAUAUAAUUGACACGGAAUGUUACAAUGUGCUUUUUAAGGUUCUUUCUGAGGAUGGUGACAUUGCAAAGUUGAUAGACUUCCAAGAUAAUAUGUUGAAGCUUGGCAUAUCUCCAAAUGUGAUGACUUUCAGACAUAUAAUUGAUGCAAUGUCAAAGAAUAUGGGAUCUGACACGAACAAUGUAUGUGCUAAUCAGGAAUGUAAAGCCUUGGUCGUGUGAUGGGCAUAGACAUUGCUUGAAUAUAGCUGGCAGGAUGAUAAUUCUAAUGUAUAGAUGGCACACAAAUACAGGGUUUAGUGGCUACCAGAAGUCAUUGAUGCUGUUGGUGCCUUUAUAAAGAUAACGAUGACAUACAAAAUCUCAUGAAAAAAUAGACGACACCUGUCUGUAGUUUCACAGGAGUUUAAGUUUUGGAGACUGUGUAAAUGAGAGAUCUUUUAACGUGACAUGUACUUGUGCAAUCGGAUGCAAUAUAAAGAUGGAAAUGCAUCUGAAAAGUGGGCAACAGUAUGUCCAAUGGUUGAUAGAUGUUAUGAUAUUAAAAGAGGUCUUUCUGCCUGCUGUGUAGGUUUUCUACAUCUGCCCUCUGAACACGCCAUAUCCCGCAGAUAAAACUCGCUAGGUGACAAUGAGUCCGAAGUCAUUGUCAGGGUGAUAUAAGAGUUGCAUGUCGUGGAUUGGCGAACUGGCUUUCUUACCUGUGUCAGGUCUGCGAAGGUACCCUCGAUGGUUGAAUUAUAUAUACAAAAAAGGUACUCAAUGGAUGCUGUGGAUGACAGCUCCUAACCGGAGUAGGAUAAGGAAAAAAAGUACAUUUAACGAUUUUAAUGAAUCCGGUUAACGGGAAUUGAAAUUUUAAAUCAGUUUUGUUGUACGGAAUGCGGAAUGCGAACAUCAUUUUUUUUACAGUAAACCAAUUUUCCGCAUCUUUGGAUACCAAGUCAUUCCCGUUUUCAUAAUCCUCAGUUUCGUUCAUGAUUUCAAUUCUCACAAGAUGCAGAAGCCCCAGAUUUCUACGUUUUAUAGUAUAGAUAUUUUAUUUAUAUAUUUAUUUGUAAAAUUAUGUGUAAUUUUACACAAUUUACUAUUCUUUCAGUGAAAUUUGCGUCACAAUUUAUUA